AAAGAAAGCAUACAAAUGGCAGUGGCUAGGGCUGUCCAGCAGCAACCACAGGGUGCGUGCCCUGUGCUGUAUUCCGUACUACUUACUGCAGGUACUUCUUCCAACCCUCGUGGCAUCGAUUGUCACUUGUCAGAGGUACCUACGAUUAAUUUCCCAAUUGCCUCUCAAAAUGGACACCGUGAUGGAGGACUGCCAGUGUAUUCUGGCGAGCCAACGUCGCCCGUGCGUGGCGCUAAAUCAAGGGCUACUACACACCAGGAUCAUCAAAGAACCAGCCAUAACCGUGUCCAGAAACAGGGCUUUGAGUUCUGUAAAUAUCGCAAGCUUUACACAGCUUAUGUGUUCGUUCUUACUGAGGCUGAGAAGCCGCAUCAACCGGCAAACUGGUGUUCGCACCCCACGGAUCCUGUACAGAGUACCAAAGAAGUCAUUAACGCCCAAUACGCGGCGUCGUCUCCGUCCGCCGCCAGGAUUCAUCUCAUACAUUCACAUCACGCUGCCACGGCACCCUUCAGAAUAGGGGGACAGUCAUCAUCAAAUGCCACCGAGGCCGUUGAUUUGGAGACUACCUGUGGCUGCAUGUUUCACGGCAUGCAGACCCAGAGCGUUGGGAUUUACGAACACAGUCUAAGUGAUCCUUCCUGGGCCCUGUGGCUCGCAAACCAGUGGUCCUGA